AUGUAUCCAACAAGUACUCAGAAGUCGCAUUGGACUUUUGCAAACCCAGAUGAGAUUUCGAAUCUAAGACAAGAAGCUAAUGCUGCUUAUAAGAACAAACUGAGACCAUUCCUCCAGAAUUCAGAGGACGAAGAGCGCCUUCUAAAUGUGGACGAUGAGAAUAAAUUGCUGAAGAUUGUCCAGGAAACGGGUGUUCGAUUUGGCGAUGAAUUUGUUCCAAAGAUGUGGCCUGCAGUCCGAUGGACAGCGUUUGCUUACUUCAAGAGGUUUUACUUGAGACAUUCGGCCAUGGAAUACUCUCCCAAGAACAUCAUGAUGGCUUCUUAUUAUUUGGCUACAAAGGUCGAUGAAUUCAAUAUUUCUGUGCAUGAUUUUAUCUCCAAUUUGCAAUCAGGGACUCCCGAACAGAAUGCAGAAUCUAUACUAAUCUGGGAACCCAUUAUAAUGUUCAAGUUGGACUAUCAUUUGACUAUCCAUUGCCCCUUCCGACCUUUCGAAGGGCACUUGAUGGAGAUGAAGACUCAUGGAAUGCUUGGAUUUGACUUGGAAGGAAUUCGAGAACAUUCUGAUCUCUUUUUUAAGGUAAAUGUUGCAUAGCUUGCGGUAUGAUCUCAUUGCUUGCAGCAAUGUCUCCUUAGCGAUGUCAUGUUAUUAUACACACCCACUCACAUUGCUCUGGCGGCUUUAAUGUAUGGCCUGAACAAAAUGGGUAGGACCACCAAAACAAUAUUAAGAAGUUUUUUUUAGGGAAGAUGAAAGACAUAUUCAGAGAUUACGUACACAGAUUAUGUCAGGUGGACACUUGGAACCCGAAUGUCGAGAAUGCUAUGCUGGCUGACAAAUUGAUGACAAAAGUAGAUGACAUCAUCAGUUUAGUGGAGCUACAAACACGGCCCAUGCCCAUUGAGGAACGACAAACCCUGCAGAGAGUAGGAAUAAAAGCGAUUAUGACCCACUGUUUUUAAUUUUUAAGUUAUAAUGACUACUCAAAGGCAUUAAAUUGCCUUUAGAUCUAGGAGAGAGUUGUCCGGCCAGCCAGAAAGCUGGAGCCAAGAGGUCCAAAUGGCCAGCUAGAACGUUGUGUUAGCAUUGCUUGAACGAUUUUGAAGAUUUGAUUGCCAAUCGAAUCAUUUGGUUAGCUAGUUAAAUGAUUUUUUUACUAAUCCAAUUUUGGUUAGCCCUUGAUAAGAUUUUUGUCAAAGCACUCUUUUGCGAACGAAUAUGGCCUUUGUUACAUAUCUUUAAGUUAUUUGAUUUUUUGGGAGUGCCUCUUCAUUGUUGUUUUAAAAAUUUCCUAAGAAAAAAUUGUUUCAGGAGAGAAUCCCGACAUUCAGUCGGAUCCAUAAUGAAUGCGACGAGAGGAUGAAGGCCGUCGGAAAUGUGUCCCAGAACCCCGAGACGGUGGGCGCGGACUCGGACGAUGAUUGAUCCUAAUUUACAUUUCAUGUAUACGUGUUUAAAUUAAACUGAUUUGCUCGACUCGUAAUGGGAGGGGGGAUGUCCUCCGGAUAAAAGAGGACAAAGGCGGCCGAAACGUCGGAUUAAUUGUGGAGGAGACACGAAGAGAGACACCUCAACUGAAUUCGUCCCAUUUAAACACCCAAAUGAGGAUGCAUGUCACGAACUCUCCAUUUUUCCCCCUUUCCCACUUACAAUUGCGGCCUUUAAUCCGACGCAAUACUUUCCUGGGCAGUAACAUGUUGUCUCUUGCACUAAACGCCUUCUUUCGUGUUAUCCAGUCGACUUAAAUAAACGGGACCUUCUUCUGGCAUCUAAAAAAGACAACUGGAGCUUGCUCAAUCUACCCCUCGACGCUUAUUGUUUCCGCAAACGGUGGGAAAGCAACCAUAUCCAUAUCAUUGGGCUUUUGUCUUGUCCACGAACUGAGCACUUGUCGUUCAGAUACUCGGAAGUCUGGUGCCAAACCUUCGGGUCGCAAAGUGAUGUGAAGGCUUCUGAUUUUCUUUGAUUCACAUCCACGUCAGUCCGCCUUCUUUAAUUUUUGGUGAUUAGCGCUCGUUUCAAGACUUUAAGGCCAAUCGGCUUUCCAUUGAGGUCAGCACAAAGGAUAUCCGGGUAGAUCCAUGGCAAAGCCAAGACUCCCUGGUUUCCAUCAUUGUCAUGCCGUCCCCAUUUAGGAAACCCGUAGGUAAGAAGUCUCUUAAUACCCCCAGAUGCAAUAAUUCGUUCGGAUUUAUCCCACUUUCAGAUGUAAUCCCGGCCCGAGGAAGUCGUUUUCGAAGCCCCAAAGUUAAGGGGCCUUGUCUUUGUGGUCAUACUACAAUCGGAGAAAGGGGAGGGCGGUUGGGCCACUGUCUAUAACUCUAUUUAAGUGAAAAUGUAAUUAAUGACCUUUCUUUGUUAGGAACUGCCAGAAUGCGCUCUUUCUGUAAUAGAUCCGUCCCAUCAUUAUGACAAGGCAUAAAUGUGAUGUCUUCCAUUUUGAUGUGAGCGCCAAGAUAAGAGACUAUUGGACGUGUUGACCCCCUCUCACUCAAAGCUUGGGCUCGGGUUAAAUGGCCGUCGGUCAGCUGUCUAAACCAAAUUUUACUUUGAUCUGGAUUGCUUCAGCGUGCGCAGAGCCCUGAAGAGGCGUGAUUGAUAGGCUCUUGGGCGAAUGUUUGUAAUGAUAAGGCGGGACGGAGGCUCGCUCUUCAUAACUCACCAUGUUUGUAGUUUCCGCUUAAUCUUGUAAACAUCUUAUAAGUUUCUCAUUGCGUGAUGGUUUUAUUUUAUUAAACCAACUUUUUGCAAUUCCAGGCGGUGGUUAUAUCCUCAAAAUGGGCCAACACAAGAGCAAGUCGGCCAGAUCCAAUGACAUAAAUGGGAAUGCUAAUUGUACCAGCAAACCCAAAAAGGCGAAUAAAAAGUUGAGUUUGGAAGACAUAGAGGAAUUGGAGACCAAGACUUAUUGUAAGUUUAACCAAAGUAUCAAUUUUCUUGUUAAUCAUUCCCCUUUUUGCAGUUAGUAAAAAAGAGCUCAGAAAGUGGUAUAAGGACUUUGUCCGGGAUUGUCCGAGUGGAGAACUCAAGUUGGAAGAGUUCCAGAACAUCUACAAACAGUUCUUCCCGAACGGCGAUCCCUCUAAAUUCGCAGCUUUUGUUUUUAAUGUGUUUGAUGACAACAGAGUACGUUAUCUAGACUGGUUAGGGCUGUUUAUGCAUUAAUGGAACAAAUGUCAGACCCAUUCCCGGCGAAAUAACUAAUAUUUCCCUUUCAGGAUGGUCACAUUUCUUUCAAAGAAUUCAUUGCCGCCCUCUCAAUAACAUCAAGGGGAACCUUGGAUGAAAAACUUGAUUGUAAGGAAGAAAAACAAAAAUAUUCAGCCAAUUAUAGGGGCGUUCUCGUUGUAUGACGUGGAUAAGGAUGGGUUCAUUACCAAAGAAGAGAUGGCAAAUAUUGUAGAUGCUAUUUAUUCAAUGAUCGGAAACAUGUUGGAAUUGCCAAAAGAUGAAGAUACACCACAGAAAAGGGUAGAGAAGAUAUUCUCAAAUAUGGAUUUGGUAAGCUGCUCGAAAUAUGUAUUCUAGAACACAGAUCUGUAUAAAAAGUCGACAGAAAAUGGUUUUUUCAUUGUUUUCAAUUCUCUGAAUUUACUUUAUUUUAUGUUCUCAGAAUUUCGAUGGAAAGUUGACCCGAGAAGAAUUCAAACAAGGCAGUAAAAACGAUCCCUGGAUAGUACAGGCCCUGACCAUGGACAUGAGUGGAGGAGCAGAGCCCGAAAAGUAG